AUGAACCUACAAAAAAAUUUUCUACGUUUGGUAAUUGUUAAUGUUAUCGUUACGAAGUUUAGCGUAAUUGUAGGCAGUUAUUUUGAGCUGAAGAGUUCGUACAUCGGUUGCUUCCAGUUCAUUCGUUGGACACGCGUGAAACGCAUUGCCAACAUCAAGGACUGUCUGGACAUCUGCAGAAAUGAAACAAAUAACUUUAUCGCCAUCGGGAACGGCAAACAAUGCAGUUGCGUUGAGCGAAUGGAGGCUGCUGUGGCUUCCUCGCGAUGUGAUGUUCCCUGUGAAAACGGUAACGCCUGCGGUGGUAAGCGGUUCUACUCAGUUUAUAAAGCUAAACCGCGGGAAAAACACCAUGGAAUAAUGUAUCAUCACAGCGGUUCAUACGAGAAAUGGAAACUGCUUUUACCACCACUGUAUAAUCUUGAGAUGCGUGCGCAUUUCUGUCUGGAAAUGAACACCGCACACUUUUCAAUGGACCCAUUACAAUCAUUGGAGUGCACAUGUUUCAAUAAUUCUAUUAUCUCUGGUUUCUUCGGAUUAGUGUUGAAAUGUGACAGAUGUUUGCAUAACGAAAACGAAAUUUGCCGUUGUUACGAUAAACAUUGGUAUGAAUUAUCUGUAUUGUAUUCAACACGUCCUACGUACGAGUUUCAACGAGGCCAGUCGACCUACUCGCAUUGUGGAGACGAAAAUUAUAAAGUAGAAACAAAGUGUUCAGCUGCAUGUGACGAAGGCUGGAAGGGAGAUUCUUGUAGAGAGAGAGAUUGUACGAGGAACAAUGGCGGUUGUGGUAACGAGACAAAAUAUAUUGAGUCUACAGUCAAUGGUUAUGAGUACGUUGAAUGCAUCUGUCCCUUUGGCACUGCCGUGCAAGCUGGCAAUCCCAUGCUGGUCGUAUGCAAAAAUUUUUCAAUACUUUCGCAAUUUGUCAUUUUGCAACAACCAGGAAAGCCAAGUUAUUUCAACGCUUUAGCGGUAUCGGAGUUGGAAGUCUAUGAAGCUCAUUGCGGCAUUCUCAAUGGGAGAUGUGGAGAGCAAAAGUGCGAAGAACAGACUCUAGGUCAUUUAGGUCCAAUCAUUAUCGAGUGCACCAAUUGGGUUGAUACCAAAAUUGUCGAAAAAAAACCUUUUAAUGGAUGCUUUAAAAAUGUGCAAGAGACACUUCAGCUGGUUGGCUUUAGAUUGUCGUACCAACAAUGUGAAACUGCGUGCAAUUCGAAUCUGAACAGCAGCUUCGCCGUGAUGCAAGCCGGUUUUAAAUGUCUUUGCGGACAAUACUUACUCGUGAGCGGCCAAAUGCCGAUAAAUUACUGCAUAAUCGGUCGGUUCGACUCCAAUUUGGUUUUCGAUGAGUGCUACAUAGAAAAUUACUUUUGCGAAACAAAUCUUCAUGACGACCAGUUCAACUUCAGCGUAAUCCCCCCUUCAAAGGAAGAUGCUACUAAAGAAUGGACAUCCGGAGAUUCACCUUACAAUUUAAGCUUGAUCGUUUCUGCUAUCGUGACUACGACUGUCUUUCUACUUUUGUUAGCGACAGUAGCCGUAGUCAUAGUAUGGAAGAUGAUGAAAGAACGGUUUGAUAGUAAAACUAGCACAUCAUCUUCAACCUAUUAG